UUCUUAUAUAAUAAGAUCAAAAUUAAUUUCAAAUAAAAAUGAUUAUCAAUCGAUUAGUUCAUUAAUAUUGGAUAAACUUAAACAAAAUUUUGAUAAAACAGUUAUCUUAGACUGUGAGUCGGGCCGCAAAUGGACGGGCGAACAGGUAUACGAGUGGUCACAAAAUUUAGCCUAUUAUUUGGUAACCGAGUGUCAACUCAAACGGCAAGAUGUGGUCUGUUUUCUGGCCGCCGACAGUGGCAUACAUAUUGUCGCUAUGCUGGCCGUCUGGAUAGCCGGCGGUAUCUACAUGUCUCUACCAUACCGUUCCACAUAUCGAGAAAUUGAUGAAUCAAUGGUCAAAAUAAGACCAACAUUUCUGGUAACCGAUUCACACAACUAUGGUAUCAGUGCUAUACUAACAACAGAGAUGAUGUCAAUUAAAAAACUUUUACUAAUUGAUGAAAAAUCUGUUUCGGAUUUGACAUCCAGUUUCGAUAUCAUUGAAGCUAUUAUGCUAUACGAGCGACAGUACCUACCGUUACCUAUUGACGUAUCAGGAAAUGAUACCUGUGCUCUACUAUCAAUCAGUUCAGUGGAUGGCAGUAGUAGGCAUGUUGUGCGUACUAAUCGUAAUCUAAUAGCUGGUAUAGAGUCACUGGAAAACCCGGAAUCGUCGGCACUGGCCGUUACCGAUACGGUCGCCGUCACUGGUCUCUAUUCGAGCACUGGUAUUAAUUUUCUAUUGCAUGCAUUGGCUACCGGUUCUACUAUAGCUAUAUAUGAUAAAAAUGAUGAUACACCAGAUAGUACUAGACUACUAGACUAUAUAAACCGUUAUGCAAUUACCAGUACACUGUUGACUACCAGACAAUUGGACAGAUGUUUAGCCAAUAAAAGCAAUGUCCGCAGUCUGAUGGACGUAUGGUUUGUCGGUACAGCCAUCGGUGUCAACACACAUCAGAAAGCGCUGAAAAUGUUUAGACAAUUUAGAAAAGUAUUAAACAGUCCAGAGGUCGGUUGGGUGACCACUGAAUAUCUAAGCGAAUACCGUACUAAUGGUAAUCACAAGACAAUUGGCCGACUAGUAGCCGGUGUCGAGCUGAUGGUUGUGGACAGUAAUGGCCGAUCGGAACCGCACGACAUCAUUGGCGAGCUUUGUGUCCGCAGUUAUCAGUGUGCACCGGGCUAUUGGCGUAAUGAAGUGGAAAGCCAACAGUUGGUUAUGUCAGAUGGCUUUGUUAGGACCGGUGAAUAUGGCUAUUAUGAUAGAAACGGACUUUUCUAUAUUGUCGGACAUAAGGAUCAGUUUGUUAAAGUAGAUGAUUUUAUGAUCUCAACGGAGGAAUUGGAGUCAAUACUGUUAACUCAUUUAACAGUCGGAGAAGCGAUUGUCAUCUGUGCCGAGGAUGACAAUGGCUGUGAAUAUCCUAAAGCCUAUGUAUCAAUAAAUCCAAACUAUAAACAUACCGGUGCUGCUGUUGCUGAGGAACAGUCAUUGGAAAAUCAAUUGAGAGAGUUUGUCAAUAUAAGGAUUGAUCCGCGAAAACGGUUAUCCAUUGAUUACCAAUCGGUAGAGAUGAUCAAUGGAGAAAUACCCACACAAUCACAUAAUAUUAAAAGAUUAUCAUUGAAAAAGGAACUGGAAACAUUUUUAUAAUUUUUUUUAAAUAA